GUAAAGGAAGUCGCGAAGGUGUUUAGGAAUUUUCCCAGUGAUUUAUCAGAGAUUCCGCCACUCCAAACAUGCUGAACUCUGAGAAUCUGGCCGCAAAUCUCUGUGGGUUGCUUGCGCAGCAAGGAAACAAGGAUCCUGCGGUGGAGUGGAAAAUCCUGAGCCAGGAGAGAGACGGAUCGCUGCUGGUGAACUGGAUAUCCAGGCGCAAUGAUGAGCCACAGAGUCACAUUGGAAUCUUCGAUCCGAACUGCAAAUCCUUCGACAUUCUCACCACAAUCCAAGAGCCUGGAAAUGUCGUGCAGGCUUCGGUGAACAGUUCCCGGACUCUGCUGGCGUACUCGAUGAAGCAGGAGGACAUGUACUCACCCUAUCUGGUGGAGAUUAACCACACACAGGAGGCAAAGCCCUUCAAGCUGCUCGCCAUGGAGCGCAGCAAGCAAGUGAUGGUGCAAUUCCUGUGGAAGAAACGCGACAACUUCGACAAGACGUACAGAGAUAAGUUUCUAGUCAUGAUCCACGAAGAGUGCGUCCUCCUGUUCACGGCGAACAUCAGGAAGAUCCCAUCGGCGGACGACGACGGACACUCCACGGCGUCGCUGAGGAUUGACUUCAAGCAGGACAAGUGGUUCUGCGACACCAAAGAAAUGGGCAGUGAAUCGAUUCUGAGGAAGUUCACGUGGUGUCAGUGGGAUCCGGAGGUGCAGUCACUCUACUACAUUCACUACAAGCCACAGACGCGGAAUACGCUGGAGAAGGACGACGAGAAGGAGGAUCUCAGUCCCACUUUGAGCGCCUUUCAGUUCCACGAUGAUCUCCCGAUGGAAACUGUCCUGAACAUCCCGCUGAAUCUGCCGAAGCUGCCACUGACGGAGCCUGGCACGAAGGUCAUCUACGAGGACGACACAAUUCCUCUGCGCAUUCACGACUCUUCGCUCAACCUCGUGAUUGUGUCCAAUGAGAUUGGGAUGCUCUUCGUCUGCCACUACUAUCUCUACAUGCCGGUGAAGCCGCCAGAGGAGUCCGGGAAGACGGAGUCUGUCCACUUCGCCUACUCAGUCACAAUCCUGCACCACGGAUGCGUUGUCCACUGCGUGGUUCCGGGGAUAAGUUGGGAGAAAGCCAAGCUGAUGAAGCCGACUUUUGCUCUGCACGGAGAUCACCAUUUGCUGGUCUUCCAGGCGGAUCUCUUCGCUCAUCUCCUGGACAUUGGUCUGAGCCACGAGCCCUGCUGUCACAUCGUCUGCCCGUCGCCUGUCCAACUGCCCGUGACGCAUCUCGUGCCGUGCGUGAAGUGGGGAUCACUGACAUUCGACUCGGCCACACUCAAUCUCGUGUCCAUGAACGUCUCCAAGGCUCACCUGAUUGAGACCUUCAAGGGAGACUCGUCGCUGGACAAUCGCCUGAGCAUCCUGCACUACUUCUGCGUGCAUUCCGUGGACAUGGACGUGGUGGCGGAGCUGAUCAGCAUCCUGAUGGAGCAUCCAAUGAGUCUGGACAUUGUGUCGCUGAUGAAGGAGGUCCUGAUUGGCGGCACGUAUGCGUCAGUGAAGAAGGGAUUGCCUCCGGAAGCGGCAGGAUUGAUUCGAUAUCUUCCGCUGACAAUGUCAAAUCCCUUGAAGCCCAUUCAGGCCAAAGUCAACGACUUGUCCGUUGGCAUUUCCCACGAGACACUCUACAAUACCAACAUGAUGCUCCUGUCGUCGCAGCAGCGACUGUCGCCCUACAGAACGGACAUCUGGACUUGCCUGUGGGAUCGCCUGAAUGACAACAAGGAGCCCGUGAGAUUCACACCCGAACAGGUGGUGGAGAAGCUGAUGUUCUCACUGGCUUGCUAUCAGCCUGAGACUCUCUCGCGCUGCACAACUCCCAUGAGUCCGGCGGGGCCCAAAAUUGGGGGUCCGGACGUGUUUUCGCUGUCGCACAGAAGCCAAUCCGCCGAUCUGCCCUUCGUUGAGCUCGAGGAGUGCACAGCUAGUAAGCAGGAACACGUGAUAUCAGUGAACUUGAGAGAGCUGAGCGUUCAUCUGGCCAAGUACACAGCGAAGCAGAAUGUGGGUUUUCGCUGGCUGAAGAACUCUUAUGAUCAGGCACCAACUUAUGUCCACACAGUGGCUUCAAUGUACGCUGCUGCUCAGUACGAGAUGUCCAAGACUCUCUGUGGCUUCAUGUGUCGCUUCGCGGGCGUGGAUCCUCAUCUGGAGACCCUCAAAGGCUUUCCUCUGAUAGAUUCUCUCUCGUCUUCUCGACUUUAUGCUCUGUAUUCUUCUCUGGAGAGAUUCUGCUUGUCCGCCCAGUCACUGGCUUAUCCUCUGCCACAAGGAUUCUCCUCCUUCUUCGCCUAUCUGGGCUACAGGACUCUCUCCUAUGACAUGUUUCUGCAAUAUGUCCAGCGGCACGUGUUUGAGCUGCAAAUUGACGUGAUGAAGGCAAUCCUGUCGGAUUUGGGCGACUCUUCAGAGGGUCUGAGGCGAAAGCUGAACCUCCUCUCGAUGCUGCCACGCUCACGAGCUCGACGAUUGCUCAACAAGUGGACUCACACCACCAGUUUGCAGAUCAGAGCUCGCGAUCAUGCCACAAAUAUCCUCUGCGGCGUUCCUGUGUUUCCGCGUGGCUCGCAUGGACAACUGAAGCAGAAUGUCCGUCACGGUGGAAUCUAUCCGGAGGAUCAGGAGACAAUUGCGCCGCUGGACACGUUUCUGGAUCUUCUCACGGCCAAGGCGAAUCUCAAUGAGAUCGACUUCAAUCUCCUCAUUGACGCCACAAUCAGUUCGCUGGAGAAGUGAUUUUCUCACGCUCAGACAAUCGAGCGCGCGCGCGCUGGCCUUGGCCGUGCGCUGCUGGGGAAGGAAUAAGUGAUCCAACUGACGAGUGUCACUUAAUUGCAUAAUUAUCGAUGAUGUACCCAAAAUGGCAGAGGAGAUUUAUGAAGCCGUGCGUGGCUUUUUGCGCCAUAACUCUCACUUUUUGCCCACUUGGCCAGAGAUGAUUUUCCACAGUGUGUGCUUGUGUGGAUGAGAUUCUCUUCGGGUUGACGAGAAGAUCUCUCCCAAUUGAUGCUGUUUUUCAUCUCCGCCAAGGGAGAAGGAACAAAAAUGAAUAGAGACACGCAAAGUGGAUGAUUAAAUUUUUGUGAAACGCGAAGAUCUCAAUGAAAUCUUGAAAACUCGUUAGAACGCACGAGAGCGCCCAAGGCGGGUGAAAAAGUGAGAGUUGGUGUACAUUCCUUUGUUGAACAUUAACUUAUCGUACGUAUUUUUUUACUUGGGAUUAUGGAUGAGGAAAAUUUAGAGAUUAAUUUGCGUGCAAUAUCAAUUUUGUAGUACAAAAUGUUUAUUAAUGUUCCUAAUUUAUGACAUUUUUAAUGCAUCUACCUUUGUUUUGCUUUAGUCAAAGGCACAAAUUAGAUGUAGUUUUUAUUGUUUGUUGUUUGCAAAGAAUGCAAACAGUGCCAUUAUUGCAUUGUAUUGAGAUUUAUAAGAAGAAUGUGCAGAAAAUGUUAUCAUUUACCCGCCGAAGAAGGAUAUUUUUUGAUGAUUUAUUGUCUCUAAUGUUAAGUUGUUCGCAAUGUGAAUGGAUUUUCAACAGGGAAUUGCAAGAAAUCGAUUUCAACGGCUAUUUAUGAUAUAUUUUGGAAAAUUUUCCUUUCACAUAGUGGCUGAUAUUUUCCAGAAAAUGAGCUAGAUCAUUUUCAUAUGGAAAAUGUUCAAGGAGUUUCUCUUCAUUUUCUCUCUUAUUUUCUGCGUUUUCCUCUGUCUCGAA